AAUCAGAAUCCGGGUCCACAUUUUCCCUCCUUCCUCCUCUUCUCCGGGGUCACAGUGUGGAGGACAGGAAGGAGUAGGCUAAACAGCUCAGCUGUUAUACGAUAAUGUUCACAGUAUCUCUGCUUUAAUUCAAGCACUUUGGACUUUUUCCAGCGUCCCCGAUGAGCAGCGGAGUGUGUCUAAGAGUGCUGCGGGCAGCCGGCUCUCCUCCUGCGGCCUCCUCGGGCAGCUGGAGCCGGGUCAGACUACCGGCCGACCCGAGACAUGCAGCCCGCCGAGCGCUGUCUGCGUCGGGCAGAGGAGGCACCAUGAAUGUGUUCAACAGGGACAUGAAGAAGAAGCAGAAAGAGUGGGCGGCGUCGCUGCGGGAUGGCCACCAGUUCGACUACCUGAGGGACGAGGUCGGUGGCCGAGUGGCUGAUCGGGUCUAUGACAUCGUGAGGACGUUUCCUCUCGCUCUGGACAUCGGCGGAGGAAAAAGUCACAUCGCAGGACAUUUAAGCAAGGAUGUUGUGGAGCGUUUGUUCCUGACAGACGUGUCAGAGAGAACUCUGAAACAGAGCAGACGCAGUGAGAUCCCGACGCAUCGCGUUCUCGCUGACGAGGAGUUUCUGCCGUUUAAAGAGAACACCUUCGACCUGGUGGUGAGCAGCUUGAGUCUGCACUGGAUCAACGACCUGCCCGGAGCCCUCAGACAGAUCCAGCAGGUGUUGAAGCCCGACGGCGUGUUCAUCGGGGCCAUGGUGGGCGGCGAGACGCUGUACGAGCUGCGCUGCUCCCUCCAGCUCGCCGAGACGGAGAGGGAGGGAGGGUUCUCCCCCCACGUCUCCCCCUACACCGCCGUCACCGACCUGGGCAACCUGCUGGGCCAGGCCGGCUUCAGCAUGCUCACCGUGGACGUGGAUGACGUUCAGGUUAACUAUCCAGGAAUCAUUGAAGUCAUGACUGACCUACAAGGUAUGGGCGAGAGUAACUGUGCCUGGAACAGGAAAUCGCUGUUGCACAGAGACACCAUAUUAGCAGCAGAAGCUAUUUAUAAAGAGAUGUACGGUAACGAGGACGGGUCCAUCCCUGCCACCUUCGAGAUCCUCUACAUGAUUGGCUGGAAGCCUCACGAGUCUCAGGCCAAACCGGCGAAGAGAGGCUCGGCCAACGUGUCGUUUGGGGAUUUGUCAAAGAUCAGCCAGCCGACCGACACAAACACGUCGUAGAAGAGCCGACUGAACAGCUGACCCACCGCAGAUUACACACCUAUAUUCAAUGUGCUGCAGAACACAAUGGCUACUCUUCCCUGUCCUCAUAAGAAGGGGGAUGUAAGAUGGAGCCGCUACAGAGAUGGUGACCUCGUGAUUCUGGUUAAUAUCACAAAUGGCGAGGAGAAAACAUCUGACAAACGCUACAGUUCUCUGGCAGACAACGCCCUGGUGAUAAUAAAUGUUAAAUCCUUUGAUUCGGCAAUGUAUUUUUGUAAUAAAACACAAGUAUAUCUGAAUGUGACAACUCCUCCCAACAUGGUGGCCCCAAGCGCUGGAAAUGUACCAGUCACACAGAGAAACAACGGCCUGGGUUUUGGCAUUGAACCAGACACAGAGAACCAACAACCUUCAGACUUUUGGAAAGUGGCUGUCGGUGUAGUUGUCGGCGUAGUUGUCGGUGCCGUGUUGGUGCUUUUCGUGAUCUUAACUCUGAGAUUCUGCUUCAAAAACAGAACGGAGAGAAGCACUCGCAACAACAACUUGGACCAAACUGUAACCGGUGAGGCGAUUUAUGAGGAGAUUGAAGCCAACGAGGAGCAGCCGAGAGGGAGGGACUCUCAUUUUGAAAGUCCGUACUACUGGACGAGCAUCAGUGAACCGGCGAGCACCUCCACGCCACCCAGUAAUAAUCUGAACAGCGCUGUUAACAAGCCAACAGCUAAAGGACGCAGCGCUGGGGAGUGUGUUUAUUCCCUCGCCCAAAACCCACUACAGACGGGAAGUUUUCGGUGAAUAAUCGGCUCUCGGUAUCGCUGCAGGAUUCAGUCAUCUUUCACACUUGGUAGAUUAAUAUAGACACAGGUCAUCUCCAGGAGCUGGUCUACAGAAAUAUGAUAUGAUAUGAUUUCUGGUCCAUCAGAGGGGAUGAUGUCUUAUGAAGUUGUAGCCGUCUUAAAAUGUUUGUAUAAACGUAAGUUAAACCUGAUUCAUUUUGUCGAAACUAGUUUGUUUGCUUAGGUUCAAUAUGGUGUAAAAUAUGAUUUAUAUUUAGGUGUUUAAUUACUUUGUAAAUUAUUCAAAGACUAAGUUUGCUGCUGACUGUUUGUUUAGAUGCUAAUGAAAUUAUUACCUUUCAGCAAUUAGAUAAUUGUUUGUUUUUACUCAAUUUCACAAUAGGGGCCAGACAUGUACACUUUAUUGACAUGAUUUUUAAUAUAUUUGACUAUAUUAUUGCCUUGUCUUAUAUAGUCUUUUUCACAUACAAUUUGGUCCACGUAAAGUCGUAAAAACGUCAGCAAAAAAACGUUCCUUAGUCAUCAUAGAAUUGAGCAAAAACAUGCAUUCUGUUUACAUUUUCAAAAGGAGGCCUGAAUAUGCAAAUUCGUUGGUUGUGCAGGAAUUUCUGACUCUUAAAGUCGGCAAAUCUGCCAAAUUCGGCUUUGAGUGACUCGUGAUUGCAGUUUGCAAUCAUUUUCCUGUCUUUUUGGUUUGGCGCGCCAAUAUUUAUUGUAAACCUAAAUAGAUUUGCAGGCCAGAUCAAGAUUUGCAAGGGGCCGGAUUUGGCCCCCAGGGACUACAGGUGGAAAUUAGCAAUAGUUGCUAUA